AAAAUAGUAAAGUUUCCAACUUUCUAUUUUGUCAAACAGAAAGUCAAUACAAUUACUUGAUAAUUUUUAUCAAAUAGUAUCAAAUCCAAUUUUUAAAAAUGUUUCAAGAACCUGACUACAGAGAAAACCUAUCAUUGAUGUUAUCAGAGGUUUUACAUGAUAUUGGUGUCAAUGAAAGAAUGGUGAUGAGAAGGAGAAGACAUUGCAUGCUAAGAGAGACUAUGAGGAUUAUCAGGUGCAGGUUAACUGAUAACAAUGUGACUACAUAUUAUCUAGGGAGUCAAAGUGAAGGUACAACUACUAAAGGACUUGAUUCAGACCUUGAUUCACUACUCUUAAAUCAUGAUUGCAAUAUAAUACAAGACUGGUCAGAGUGGGAAUGUGGCAAGGAAAACUAUCUCAUGAUACAGGAUGAGAACACUACCCCUGGUUAUUGUUUCCUACAACUGCUUCUAUCUGAUGAACCUAUUCCUGCCACUGUCAUUCCUGAUGAACACCAUAUAAAUGAUAGAAGUGGACGAAUUUUGUUGAAAAACACAAGCUUUAAUGAUUUAAUUCAGGGUGCUGUAAAUCACGGACCAUCAAAUGCUACCCAAGGACAACAUGGAUUCUGUGAUAGUGACCAUGUGUUAGCUUAUCCUUGUAAAUCAUGGCCUCAAUCAGCAUCAGGUUGGUUAGAGAGACAAGGUAUUGGUAGAUGGCCAACACAAGACAUGAAAAGUUACGCAGCCUAUACUGAAUGUUUUGUUGUUCCAACUGGAAGUAAGGUUAGUGAAUAUCCAGAACUGGAAUGGAGAAUAUCUACAUCCCUGGCAGAAAGGUGCCUUAUACUUAAUCUAAAUAUAACACAAAUAAGGUGCUAUGUAUUACUGAAAAUGAUUCUGAAAUCCCUCCUUAAUCCUCAAGAUGAAAUCAAUGUAUCAAGUUUCAUGUGUAAAACAGUACUAUUACAUUGUAUAGAACACACAGAGCAAAGUAUAUGGAAAAACAACAAUUUAUUAACAUGUUUAACAUAUUGCUUACUGGAAUUACACACCUGUGUACAGAAUGACUGUUGUUCACAUUUCAUUAUCGAAGAAAACAAUUUGAUGGCAGGGCAAUUUACAUCUGAAAAGAAACUUGAACUUUCAAAAACUAUAACUGAAUUGAUACAGAGUGAUGGAAACGGGUUACUUAGAAUAAAUAUCGAUGAUCUUGGUCAAAGACUGCAGGUUAAACUGAACAUGGUACUACAUGGAGACUACAAUUUUCCGACUUUACUUGAAAUACAUCAACAUAUAAUGACCGGAGGAUAUAUAAACAUUGCAGCUGGAACAAGUCAUUGUCAUAAGCUUGUUUUAAACUAUUUUAACAAUAAAAGCAUUAUGACAAUGAAGCAAUCUGUUAGUAAACUUAUGAUCUUCAGAAAUAAUGGUAAAAGAUUACAGCAGGCUGCAUUCAAGCUUCUAGCACCUUUUAUUUUUACAACAUAUGGAUCUGUUCUGGCAUCUUCCAGCAUUGGUGAAAAUAAUCAAGUGUCACCUGAAGCAUGCGUAUGGCUGUCAGCUGGUUUAAACUCUGAUAUCUCAUCUAGCAGACUUAAACUGGCUUCAGUGUUCUACAGUACAGGAGAUAUGGAGAGAGCUGAACUAAUUCUGAGACACACUGAACAACAAUAUUACUCUUAUCCUGUUUUACCUUUCUGUAACUGCUGUCGUGCAGCUCGACCAGCAGUAUCAGCAGAAUUCAUGAGGGUUUGUAGUGAGCAAAGUGAGAACUGUAUCAAACAUAUUACAGCAUUUUGUGUCAGAUUUAUACAGAAAGAGAUCAACUGUGUUCCUCGUGAACUACAAUAUGAAAUGUUCAGAUCUACACAAGAUGACAUGAUACACAGACAUCAGUUAGACUAUUGGAUGGACUGGGCUGUAGUUGACUCUUUACCUUUCCUAUACUUUCUCCAAUACAAGAUCUACAGGCACCAACAAAGGCAUCAAGAUCAACAACAAGCACUUAGUAAAUUUAUAAGAACCAUAGAAAUUGAUGAAAACCUAAGUACGCAUAGAGAAACAGCUCUUAACAUUUUAGGGCAAUGUAUGGAACAAGAAAACAAACCUCAACAAGCAUUAAAAUGCUACCUGCUUUCUUUUCAACUAAGGGCAAGAAAUAACGCAGCAAAAUUCCAUAUAUGUAAGCUCCUUUCUAGGGUAUUGGCUGGCCAAUAAAAAUUUGGUCAAAGGCAGACAGUAUUUAGACUUGAAAAUUUCUAUUGAUCAAAAUCAUAAUUCUUUUGUGUACCAAAU